AGGUCCACUGCUGCAUCCUCACGCGUCGUCAUGCUGGUCGCGCAGGGGUUGCAGCUCGGCGGGUUCCAUCAGGCCGUCGAGCCGAAGUGCUGGAGGAUGUACCUGGCCCUCAUGGCGGGGGGGCUGACCGGCCUCCUGGCCGGCAACGCCCUCGCUCCGCUGGUGGACCAGGCCACGUUUCAGAGAUGGUUAGUGCUCUUCCUUAUCGCCGGGGGCAUGCUCAUGCUUUGCGACGGCAACCCUCUCUUGAGCAAGCUCGCGGCGCUGCUGGUGGGGCUCGCUGCCGUCGCGACGGCCUCCGUCCCCGCGAUCUUGCAUUGCUGGAGGAGGGCCCUCGAGAGCGAGACCUGGCAGCGGCAGCACUCCAUCCAGCUGGCGGGCGAAGCGCCGAGCUGGUCCCCGCUGCAGGAGGCGGGCUGGACGCCGAUGCUGAGCGUUGCCGACGCGGGCAUGCAGCACCACAAGCGUCGUCUGUCGGGCGAGGCGCCAGGGAUGAUGCUGCACGCGGGCCAGCAGCGCCCGCGGGUGCUGAGCCACAUCUCCGACUCCAACGACCCCUGACGCGCCCCCCCCCCCCCCCCCACGUGUGCAGGUAGGCCACGGGCAAGGCGGCAAAGUGGUGGGCUCGAAGCCCAGGAUCCCGGGGCGCAGAUCUAGAGGUGGCCGUGGUCGUGCCGCCGAAGCCCCCUGGGCCCCCUUAAUUCGAGUGCUGGCGGGCCGCCGCACGCAGCGGGCGUUGCGAUUCACGCCCGCCCGGCUCGGCGCAUGGGGCCGCCUCGGCGACAACGUUUCAACCUGGGCCCCGUCUGCCCUCUCCCGAGCUCCUCCUCCGCUCUU